AGGAGGGCACCAAAACCAAAUGACAGACAGCCAAUUGGGUUUGGGUCCCGCUGAAUCACCCAUCCAACGGUUCCCGUAAGCCCAAACACGUCACUCCCACUCCCAUUUCUGUAACUCCAAUCCCCAUGUCUAGCACUGACUACAAGGACCAAACACGGCACUACCGAAGAAGCUGAAUAGAGCAAGUAAACAACAGAUCAGACAACCCUCCGACUUCCGAGUUUUUCUUCCCCACCGGGAACAAAGAUGUUACCGCCGGAGCUCCAACCGCGCUCUUUCCGUCCCUACAUCUCCGCCUCCAUCAGUGCACCUAGUUUCCCCACCACCGUCAACAACGGUUAUUCUCCCGAACGAAACCCUAACCCUAGCCCUAAUUCCUCCUCCUCCUCCUCCUCCUACACUGGCAGUAAUAGUCGCAACUCCUCUUCCACUCGGCCUCUCAAGAACUCUCGUCGCUUCUCACCCUCAUCCUUUCUACAUAACGCCCGAAUCGCCGUUGCACUCGUCCCUUGCGCCGCCUUCCUCCUCGAUCUCGGCGGCACACCAGUCGCCGCAACUAUAACCUUAGGCCUCAUGAUCGCCUACAUACUCGAUUCUCUCAACUCCAAGUCCGGUUCCUUCUUCGCCGUGUGGUUCUCUCUUCUCUCAGCUCAGAUCGCAUUCUUCUUCAGCUCAUCAAUCUUCGCUACUUUUAGUUCCACCGCUCUUUCCCUCCUUGCCUCGUUCACCUGCGCCCUAGCCAAUUUCUUGAUUGGCGUCUGGGUCUCGCUUCAAUUCAAGUGGAUCCAGAUCGAGUAUCCAACAAUUGUCCUCGCUCUCGAGCGCCUUUUGUUCGCUUGCAUUCCAUUCAUUGCUUCGGUGCUUUUCACAUGGGCAACGGUCUCCGCUGUCGGUAUGAGCAAUGCUUCUUACUAUCUCAUGAUGUUCAAUUGUGUUUUCUAUUGGCUUUUCUCGGUUCCUCGGGUAUCGUCUUUCAAAUUGAAGCAAGAGGUUAGUUAUCAUGGUGGAGAGGUUCCGGAUGAUAAUCUAAUCCUUACGCAGCUUGAGAGUUGUUUGCACACAUUGCAUCUCUUAUUCUUCCCUCUGCUAUUUCACAUUGCCUCUCAUUACUCAGUUGUGUUUUCUUCGGGUGUUUCUGUUUGUGAUUUGUUCCUUCUCUUCUUCGUUCCUUUCUUGUUUCAACUCUAUGCCUCAACGAGGGGGGCGUUGUGGUGGGUCACCAAGAAUGAACAUCAGCUGCAGAGUAUUCGCUUGGUCAAUGGUGCUGUUGCUUUGGUUAUUGUCGUCCUUUGCUUGGAGGUCAGGGUUGUUUUCCAUUCGUUUGGGCGGUAUAUUCAGGUGCCACCACCGUUCAAUUAUCUUCUUGUGACCAUUGCUAUGCUUGGAGGUGCUGCUGCUGCUGGUGCUUAUGCCCUCGGCAUGAUUUUUGAUGCCAGUUCAGUGGGCUUCACUGCUUUGUUUGUCAUAGCUAAUGCGUCUGGUGCGAUCGUUGUGGGAUUUCCUGUAAUGUUCCUUCCACUCCCAGCUGUUGCUGGCUUUUAUUUGGCUCGUUUUUUUACAAAGAAGAGCCUACCGUCAUAUUUUGCCUUUGUCAUACUUGGGAGCUUGAUGGUCACAUGGUUUGUACUGCAUAAUUUCUGGGAUCUUAAUAUUUGGAUGGCAGGCAUGUCUUUGAAAUCCUUCUGUAAGCUUAUAGUUGCUAGUGUUGUCCUGGCAAUGGUUGUUCCUGGUUUAGCUCUUCUACCGCCAAAACUUCAUUUCUUGACUGAGGUUGGUUUGAUCUGCCAUGCAAUGCUAUUGUGCUACAUUGAAAAUGGAUUUUUUAGUUACUCUAGCAUAUACUAUUAUGGAUUGGAGGAAGAUGUGAUGUAUCCAAGUUACAUGGUUGUCAUGACAACUUUUGUGGGAUUGGCUGUUGUGAGGAGACUUUCUGCCGAUCACCGAAUUGGACCAAAGGCAGUUUGGAUUUUGACUUGCCUGUAUUCCUCGAAGCUCGCCAUGCUGUUUGUGACGUCAAAAGCUGUCUUGUGGGCUUCUGCCAUUCUUUUGUUGGCUGUUUCCCCUCCACUCCUUCUUUACAAGGAUAAUUCAAGAAUAGCCUCAAAGAUGAAGCCCUGGCAAGGUUAUGCACAUGCUGGUGUGGUUGCUUUAUCAGUCUGGUUUUGCCGUGAAACAAUUUUUGAAGCUCUCCUGUGGUGGAAUGGCAGACAUCCAUCGGAUGGUUUACUUUGGGGCUUGUGCAUUCUUUUGACGGGAUUGGCUUGUAUACCCAUCGUUGCUCUUCACUUCUCCCAUAUCAUGUCUGCUAAGAGAUGCUUGGUGCUGGUGAUAGCAACAGGUCUGCUGUUUAUACUGAUGCAGCCACCAAUUCCAUUAUCCUGGACUUACCACUCUGACUUAAUCAAAGCUGCUCGUCAAUCUGCUGACGACAUCUCGAUAUAUGGCUUCAAGGCGUCAAAGCCUACAUGGCCAUCUUGGCUUCUUAUCACAGCAAUCAUGCUCACUCUGGCAGCUGUUACAUCUGUCAUUCCCAUUAAGUACAUUGUGGAGUUGAGGGCAUUGUAUUCCAUUGCCAUAGGAAUUACCCUUGGCAUUUAUAUAGCUGCAGAAUACUUCCUCCAGGCAGCAAUCCUGCAUGCUCUUAUUGUUGUCACCAUGGUCUGUGCCUCUGUGUUUGUGGUCUUCACCCAUUUCCCAUCUGCCUCAAGCACAAAGCUUCUCCCAUGGGUAUUUGCCCUGCUCGUGGCUCUUUUUCCUGUUACAUACCUAUUGGAGGGUCAAGUGAGAAUUAAGGGUCUCCUUGGGGAGACUGGAGUUGGAGAUGUGGGAGAGGAAGACAACAAGCUGGCGACACUACUGGCUGUUGAAGGGGCAAGGACAUCUCUCCUUGGUUUAUAUGCGGCAAUCUUUAUGCUUAUAGCACUGGAGAUAAAGUUUGAGCUUGCCUCACUUAUGCGAGAAAAAGUUACUGAAAGGGGUGGGCUUAGGCAUAGCCAAUCUGGACAAAGCAGCUCUACCACUUUCCCUCCCAAAUUGAGGUUCAUGCAGCAACGCAGGGCCUCUGCUGUGCCAACCUUCACAAUAAAGAGGAUGGCUGCUGAGGGAGCAUGGAUGCCAGCAGUUGGUAAUGUAGCCACUGUGAUGUGCUUUGCUAUAUGCCUGAUCUUAAAUAUCAAUCUCACGGGUGGCUCGAAUCGUGCUAUAUUCUUCUUGGCACCCAUUUUGCUUCUUCUUAACCAGGACUCUGAUUUUAUUGCUGGAUUUGGGGAUAAGCAGAGGUAUUUCCCUGUAACGGUGGCUAUCUCUGUCUACUUGAUCUUGACUGCCUUUUAUGGCAUAUGGGAAGAUGUAUGGCAUGGGAAUGCGGGUUGGGGCUUGGAAAUUGGAGGACCAGAUUGGUUCUUCGCUGUCAAGAAUGUGGCCCUCCUCAUCCUUAGUUUCCCUAGUCAUAUACUUUUUAACCGCUUUGUGUGGAGCUACACUAAGCAGACCAACUCAACGCCAUUGAUUACAAUACCCUUGAAUCUGCCUUCAAUCAUAAUAACGGAUGUGAUCAAGGUUAGAAUAUUGGGGCUUCUCGGAAUUAUAUAUGGAUUGGCCCAGUAUCUCAUUUCCAGACAACAAUAUAUCUCAGGACUGAAGUAUAUUUAGUCAGACAUACACACUCUGUACAAUAUGUAUUUGGAAUUUUCAAAUGAGGAAGUUGUUGGUUGAGCAUCAGUAGUGAUGUUUUUGGGAACUUGAUCAUGCUCAGAUAAGGUCUGCCAUUCCGAUGAGAAAAACCAACCAAGGUGCGUGUCUGAACUGAACUGGCUGUCUGGAGUGACUGAUCAUCCCGAUCCCGGAUGACAGUGAUGAAUGAUUUAAGCCUUAUGGUUACAUGGUUGGUGUAGUCAGCCAUAGUUCCAUUCUUGUGCAAAGGAUGAUUUUGUUUUUCUUCUUGACAAAGCACAUGAAAAUGAAAUGGUGUUGGUGUUGGUGUUGGUGUGAUUUGAAACAUUUUGAUGAAAUUUCAGAUUUUGGACUAGAGGUGUUAAACAAGCAUUAUGGUAUAUCGUUGCUGGCUUUUUAACCGAUUAUUAUCGUAG